GAAAAUAAAAUGGCCGCGAUCACGGCGUUUUGGAACCGCAGAGGAGUUGUAGGCUCUCAACCGACAGAUCCGCAGUUGAACUCUUCCAGAGAAAGCGCCGAUACAGGUAAACUACUACCUUCAUGCUAUGGACGUCUUAUAUUAUGCAUUCGAUUUUGGUUAUCAGGAAUAUGUUUGAAUACACAAGCUUACAUUUUGCGUUCUUUUUAUAACAUUAAUUUAGUAACAUUGUUGCUGAUAACACUUACCUCAACGUUGAUUAUUCCGUAUAUCAAAGAAAGCGAAUCUAUUAAUGAUUGUUUAAUUAUACACUAUUUAAAGAAAAUAUCGAGAAACACUUCAAACGGAACGCAGUUUGGCCUUGGCUAUUGGACAUCAUGUAUUGCGCGCACAACAACCCCCACAGAUUAGUCAGCUAUCUGCUGGCAGAUAACUAGCUAAUAUAUAUAUGUAGGUCGUGCUGAUUUUUAAAAUCAACUGUAGGCAUUUGGCCAAUGAGAAAAGAGAUAUUGAACACUAUGUAUGAUAAUUGCUGCUUAAUUUUGUUUACAAGAAUGAAUUUAGGUAAAAUUUUUUUGGCCUUCCAACUCUUGGUUAAAAUGCAGAAAACCUUGCCCACUAAAUAUCUGAUGAGAAAAACCUGCUCUCACAGUCAUCAAGUUGUCUGAUUUGCAUAGUAAUUUCGGACGUUAACUGCAGGAGUUUGGGAUCCCGAGUGCACUUGUAUACCUUGUUCUAUAAGUACGCUAGUUACUUGAAAUCGGUUGGAGGAGUGCGGGACUGUGGGAGCACUAGUGUACCUUGUUCUAUAAGCACACUAGUUACUUGACAUAGACUGCGGGAAUGUGGGACUGCUGUAGCGCUAGUUUUAUGCCAACUUAAUAUUCAUUUGUAGCAACUGCAGGAGCACUCAUUAAACUCUCAUACAUUCAAGUAUUUGGCAUAAUACAACACAACUGUAGGACUGCAGGAGCAGUUUUUCAAGUAUGUGUAAGACAUUCAGUGGCAUUCUGCAUUUACUCUCAACUGUGUUAUAUGGUUCUGAUUUGGAUGUAAUCUUUCAUUCCUUAUCGCAGUUAAAAAAAAUGGAAAAUUUUUGAAGCCAUGAAAUAAAUAUUUGUGGUAGUGGGUUUCGAAUUUUAUACAAGUUAGGCACAUGUAUCAUAUGUGUGGGAGGCAGUGAUUGAUUGUGUGGUCAGAGUGCAAGAAAUGCAACUCAGCUGUGUAAGGUUCAAGUCGCAAUAGAGAUGCCUCCCACCACUCCCUAGCCAAGCCAAGCCUCCCUAUCCAAGGUUAAGACGCGCAAGAGCCAAAGGCCCCAUUGGCCAGAGCUUAUCCCAGUUUCCUUAGCAUGAAGCAUGCCUAGGAGUAUUGCUACUCCCCCCUGGACAGGAUGCUAGGCCAUUGCAGGGUUCUGUCCCCUCCCCCAGCAGUAUGUUCCUGGUACCCAUUUACACACCUGGGUAAAGAUAUACCAAGUGGGUAAAGUUUCUUGUCUAAGAAAGCAACGCAACGGGCAAGGCUUGAAUCCUGGACCUCCCGAUCCAGAGUUUGAGUUGUAAACCGCUUAGCCUCACAUGCCCCCACUGAUAAUGAUAAUAGUCUGGUUUGUUUUUAAAGUGGAGAAAGGCUAAUGAUUUAUGAGCUUUUUUAGAGUUUAGAAAAUACAGCUAAAGCCCUUGAUUAUUUAUGAUUUUCCAUUAUCUUUGCAGAAAUCAUUAUUAAUACCAUAAGCAGGCUUGGAAUUGUUCAUCGUGAACUAAAAUUACCUCAACUGUGGUCAGAAGCAGCUAUUAUCAAGGCAUUAAUCUAUAAACAUGGAAACACACACAAGAAACAAAAGUACUUCCAAGGUCUAAAAAGGGUAAGAUAAUGCCGUCAUUGAAGAAGUUACUUGCUACUGAAAGCAACNCAUUCCUUAUCGCAGUUAAAAAAAAUGGAAAAUUUUUGAAGCCAUGAAAUAAAUAUUUGUGGUAGUGGGUUUCGAAUUUUAUACAAGUUAGGCACAUGUAUCAUAUGUGUGGGAGGCAGUGAUUGAUUGUGUGGUCAGAGUGCAAGAAAUGCAACUCAGCUGUGUAAGGUUCAAGUCGCAAUAGAGAUGCCUCCCACCACUCCCUAGCCAAGCCAAGCCUCCCUAUCCAAGGUUAAGACGCGCAAGAGCCAAAGGCCCCAUUGGCCAGAGCUUAUCCCAGUUUCCUUAGCAUGAAGCAUGCCUAGGAGUAUUGCUACUCCCCCCUGGACAGGAUGCUAGGCCAUUGCAGGGUUCUGUCCCCUCCCCCAGCAGUAUGUUCCUGGUACCCAUUUACACACCUGGGUAAAGAUAUACCAAGUGGGUAAAGUUUCUUGUCUAAGAAAGCAACGCAACGGGCAAGGCUUGAAUCCUGGACCUCCCGAUCCAGAGUUUGAGUUGUAAACCGCUUAGCCUCACAUGCCCCCACUGAUAAUGAUAAUAGUCUGGUUUGUUUUUAAAGUGGAGAAAGGCUAAUGAUUUAUGAGCUUUUUUAGAGUUUAGAAAAUACAGCUAAAGCCCUUGAUUAUUUAUGAUUUUCCAUUAUCUUUGCAGAAAUCAUUAUUAAUACCAUAAGCAGGCUUGGAAUUGUUCAUCGUGAACUAAAAUUACCUCAACUGUGGUCAGAAGCAGCUAUUAUCAAGGCAUUAAUCUAUAAACAUGGAAACACACACAAGAAACAAAAGUACUUCCAAGGUCUAAAAAGGGUAAGAUAAUGCCGUCAUUGAAGAAGUUACUUGCUACUGAAAGCAACAUAUUCACACUGGAUGCAUUACCCACAUUGUACCCCAGAAAGAAAUUUCACAUGGUUGAAAGUUGAAAAUUGUUGCUUGCUUUUGAAUAAGAAGCCAAGGAUGGCCUCCUUUACUGACUGGGCUUGUCACACAAUCCUACCCUUGGUUUUCACGGGAGGGUUGUGGUAGAGGAUACAAUAUUGAAGCGACUUUUUUUCCAGGUUAUCAAGUGCUUAAACAGACUUGAAGAAAUGGCAAUUUAUGACAAGGUGGCUGAUCUGAAAAACACAUUUCCCAGGUUGGUGAUACAGUAUAUGAAGAAAUAAUACAAAUUUUGUAACAUUUCUUCCUUUAGCCUUAGGAAAUAAAAUACAGUCUAUAUAAAAGUUGAACCACUGUGUUCAAAUGCUAAUCAUUGUUAAAGCUGUUUUAAAUUUCAAUCCAUGUUCCUGUUUCUUUAAUUUUAAAUCAUCAGUCCUUAGUAAAAGAGCCAUUUUAUGAACAUCAAAUUGUGGACAAAAGACUUAACCUGAAUUUGCUUUGUUAGUGCUCAAUUCUGAAUUCACAUUUUACAGUAGCCUUAGGUUACAAUUAAUAUUAACCCUGCCUUGAACAACCCAGCCCUGGUUGAAGAGUGACAAGUUGUCCUUUUAUUCUGUUACAGUGCAGUGCAAAAGUAUAAACUUAAGUGUCCAAUGCACAGACAAAAUGCUUGCUUGUGACUAUACAUUCAAGCAACUCUUGAAAUCAUGGCAUGGUGGGUAAAAAGUGUGUGCUAAUAGUCAACUAUUGUUGCUUGCAGGUUAUCAAAGCGUCGCACUCUUGCCCCUGAGACCUUGUCAAACUCUCCUACAUUUGGAAUGAUCAUCAGUACUCUUGGCUGCCUCAUUGGAGCUGCCCAACUUUUGUUACAGGUCUUUGUUACAUUAUACUGUAGGACCAGAUUUCCAUUUCUACUGUGAAAAUUGGAAGUGUUUUAAACAAGAGAAAUGAAUGAAAUAAUGAAUGUAUGAAUAUUAUAUAUAUAUAUUCUGAACCUUUUUUAUUUCUUGUGAAUGGACUAGUUGCAUGUUGCAUUCAUUUUUCUAUUUACAAAAUCAAAGUUCCUUCAUUUCCCUUGCUUUGCAAAUGACUCAGACCCAACAUUUUGACUUUGGAUCAUGUUCAUUAGGCAAACAUUGGAGAUGAUACACAUAAUGAGAAAUGUUAAAGGCAAAGUUCAAGCAAUUUUAGAUUAAAAAAAUACAUGUUCCUCAAGUUUUGACCGUACACUACAGUACUGCUCAAAAGUAAGUUGACAGUCGUUCAUGUCUUGAGAAUUGAGUCUUGAGUUUUGAACUUUCAAGUCAAGAAAUAGUAAGUGUACACUUUUAUCCUUAUCCUUAUCCUUGUAGCUUUUAUCCUUUUAUAUCUUUGUGAUACAUGUAGGUGAAGUCAACCUGUCAGGAAACAUUUCAGUAUCCUUUCUCUUCUAGCUUCUACUCCAUGGUUAUCAUAUUAAUUUGUCUUUUCAAUGGUGUUGAUGUAAUGAGGGUGUGAAUACCAGAAAGCACUCCUUCAGGAGGGAACCAAGAACAAAAGCCUAAGAGGAAUUAACAAUUAUUAUUAACAAUAAUUAUUAUUUUUGGGCAAGGUUGAGUAAAAUAUUGUGAUUUUUCAGUGGUGAAGAGAUUACUUAUUUGCAAAAGCUGAAGGCUGAGGCAAGAAAUUGAUCCACAAGACACUUACAAAUUACAAUAUUUAUAUCUUUUACCUUUGAAUAUUUUACUGUGUUUGUUUUUUAAUGGAUAUUUUCGGGAAGGAAAGUGAUCUGCAAGGGCUUUUUACGCAAGAGGCAUUGCAAGAAGGAGAAGAGCAUCCUUUCAUUAAUAUGCAUGAGCAGAAUGUUAUUGGCAGCCAAACACAGUUGAACGACAUUGCGUAUGAGCAUACCAUUAUUUCUAGGCAGUUAUUUGCAGGCCUCAUGGUGGACUCUCGGCCUAUGAAAAGGAAGAAAAAUUUGCAUCGGAUGAUAAAUAAUUUUAGAGUUUUUUUUUUUCAAACAUGCGUGCUUAUCAUCACCCUAUCUGAUUAAAUAUGAUAGAUUGCUAUUUUGCAUUAUCGAUGUGUAUAGCAUUGCUACUUGACAGACCAUAGCCUUUUCAAGGGUGGCACUUUACAGUCAGCUAUUUGGACAGCCUUGGAACUGCUACUAAAAUUUUUGUUUUAGAGCAGUGUCCUAUGAGGCAAUCCACAAAAAUCAUUAUACAAUGCAACCAAAAGUUUCAGAAUAUGUAUGGCUUAAGAACUUGUAUUACUUGUAGUUCUUAACUGCCUUUAAUCAAGUGAGUGUUAGGGGAAUAUUAUGCUCUAAGAAUGCACUCAGUCUACACAAUGAACAUUAUUUGUUGUCUUUUCUGAAGGCAGGUCAAAGCUUGGGCUACUCAAUAGUACCCUAUAUGUUUGCCAUAUGUAAAUGAGUUUGUUUUUUCUACCCCAUAUAUGUUGGUAUUAUCACACUAUGAAACACAGCCUUGACUGUCAUAAGAAAUUCAUGUUCACAGUUGGCUUUUGGACAUUUUGUGACAUUCCACUUGACGUGCUGUUCAAGUUUAAGUAGAAUAUGGUAAGUGUUACAAUAUGGCGCGUACUGUAUCCACAAGACUGUUUUGCAUGUACGAUUUACUUUACAGUUCAAACAGAUCCUUUUCAGGCUGUACUUUUCAGAUAGCAGAAACUUAAGGGAUCUGUAAUCUCCUGGAAGACUGGGAAAAAACACAAAUUUCUCUUUUCUUUUUUUUCCCUUAGCAUUCUCUGCUGGCCUUUCCCCUCACCUUCUUAACUUGUCAUGAACACAAGGACAGGGACUCCCCGAUUUUUUUUGAGGGAAGGGGUGGCUGUAGAUACACCAGUUUUUUGAAAUUUAUUUUUCCUGUGUAGGGUUCUUGUCAGAAGUUUUUUGCUAGUCAUCUCAGAAUGCUAUGAGAUUAUAUUUCCGUGGCUGAACAUUGUGGCAGAUCCAGAACAGGUUAGUGACUGACAGAUACGUCAGCUGAAGCUAUUGCUUGUUCAAAAAAAUGCCUGGCACUGCCUCUGAUUGUAAUAAGGUACAGUGAAUCUUUUAAUUUUUUCAGGUAGCCAAAUCUGAAGCCAAGGAUCUUCCCAAAAGUAUUGAAACAUGGCUUGAAACUCGGAAUAGCCAUCGCUCUAAAGACAACAGGUUUGUUUCUUUUCAAUGACUGUUUUCAAAUGUAAACAGAUUUGCCAUUCAGAACAUGACAGUAACACGUUGAUGAUACCACAAUGUUGUUGGUUUUUAUUGCCUAUUGCUUCCCACCAGAGGUCUCUGAGCAGGCAACAUUACGAAAUUUAGCCUAUAAUGUCGGGGUAACAAUGUACUGUUACCCAUGAAUGUUGACUACUUGCUCACAUUUGCUUUCAUAAAUUUGUAUGUUUAGAAGUUUUUCUUUUUUGGACUAGAUAACAAAAAUAAUUGCUCAAUGACUUGUUCUUUGAAAACUAGCCUCUGGUGCUGCAUGGAGAAGGACUGCAUGACAAAGCCAUAAGAAGAUCUGGUUGGGAGGCUUCUUGAAACUAUUUCUUUUUGUUUCACUUCAAUCUCAGUGUUUCCCUAGGGUGGCUACUGUUCGCCUUCAGACAGCCAUGGAAAAAAGAAAAAAAUCUCAAGUACCCAAUAGGAUCCGAAUUUAUGACAUCUUAAACACUGAGCAGGUGCUCUAUCCACUGAGCUAUGAAGACACUCACAGAGCUAGGCAAACUGUUUGCUGAUAGGUGAAAAUAAUGGUAACUUUUAAGUGUAGUAGUGAAUGAAGAAUAUGUUUUUUUUGCACUACCAAGCUUGAAAUUUACCCUUUUUUACCAAUCAACAUCUCCCAUGUAAGCUGAAACAAAAAUCUUGGUAUACAGCGAGGAUGAUCUUGCCAUUCGCCUCAGGCAUGCAUGAGCUUUUCGGUGGUCUGGUCUAAGUGUGCAUCCAAGUCUAUAACUCAAUAGUGAACUACCUGUAAUGUACUUCAAUCAGAUGGAGGUUAGCACAUAGUGCCCUAAGAUGCAGUGUUCAUUGAUAAUUCUACUCUUCUUGCAGCAAGUUUUGCACUCCAUCUCAAAAUAUUUUAACACCAGGAACUCUGGACAAACUUUUUGCAUCAACUCCGAGACACAAUCCUAAAGGUAACAUACAAGAUUAAAAAUAGAAUAGUUACUCUCUUUUUUUCUCACACUUAGAUAAUUUUUAAACUCUGUCAACAACAGCAUCGUUACAAGACAACUUUCUCCUUCACUUAUUCUGUUGCUUUUACUUCUUUAUCUCCAUUGUUAAGCACCACCUCAGUUAACCUCCCUCGUUUGGAAGAGAUGCACGUCCGCCAUCCCCACCACGGUUUCUUUGGCUGAAAUUUCAUGUAAGCCCCAGGGCGAGAAAAUAUGGUACGUAGAAAUUCUCUUAUGACCAACAACUAAUUAUAAAUUAUCAACUUUUUGUUCAUCAGGAUCUUUCCCCAGGGAAUUUGCCGCAGAAACUCCACCAGGAAUGUCUUAUGAUCUUGGAGACAAGUCUUUCAUUCCUGACGAAAUCAGCAGUUCAAUGCAGGGUAGAGGGUUUACCGCAGAAACUGGAUCAGGAAUGGCUUAUAACCUUGGAGAGUCGUUUAUUCCGGGCGAAAUCAGCAGGUCAUUGCAGGUUAGUUGCUAUAAAUCAGUACUGAGAUUGUCCGCUGUUUAGUUACUAGAAGCCAAAAGGAGCGUAGGCGGUUAAGUCUAAUGGAGUACCAUCAUUAGAUGCCUCUUAUAAUAUUACGUAUGUAGAAAAGUAUGUAAGAAAGAUUAGAGCAAGAACUUUAUUCACUCGUCGAAGCAAAAUGUUUCCCUGUAAAGGCAAUUGCUAAUUGGAAACAUACUACUUGCAGCUCUGAAAUCCAAUUUAAAGGGGCAAGUCCUUCAUUAAUUGAUUGAAUUUAAUCUCUUGCCCAAACGUCUGCUAUUCGGUUUUCUAAUGUUCCUAAUUCACCUACUGACGGUUGUAAAGUAGUAAACGUCUGCUAUUCGGUUUUCUAAUGUUCCUAAUUCACCUACUGACGGUAGUAAAGUUCAACUGCGUGUUUCAGCUGUACGAGUCCAGUUGAUAGGCCUAAGCCUGCGAACAAGCUUUCCAUUUGGGGAAGUCGCGAGAAGUCAUGCGAGAGCGGCACGCGAAAGGAGAUGCGAGAGCAAGAAGCGAGGAAAGAAAUCUUGCGCCCCUUGCGGCUCGCUUAGCUCGCCAGAAAUGGAGAGCUUACUAGUACAGGCUCGUUGCAGGUGAUCAGUCACGUGGUACAGAAUGCAUUGCGACGUGUCUUGCUUUCCAUCAUGGCGGUAUUGUACCACGUGACUGAUCACCUUCAGAGGGCCUAUUUUUCCCGCCAUUAUUGACGUGGAAUUCUGACAAUUCGCAUCUCUGCUAUAGGAUUUUGAUGCGCAGGUUGGAGAACAAAAUAUCACCUUCAAACGAAAAUUAGUUGCUGAAAACACCGAGAUAGCUACAAAGCUGCACGCGUUAGCUGGAGAUCAGAAUGUCAACCUCGAACGAAAAUUAUUUGCUGAAAACACCAAGAUAGCUACAAAGCUGCACGAGUUAGCUGGAGAUCAGAAUGUCAACCUCGAACGAAAAUUAGUUGUUGCUGAAAACAUCGAGAUAGCUACAAACGUUCACGAGUUAGCUGGAGAUCAGAAUGUCACCCUUGAACAAAAAUUAGUUGCUGAAGACACCGAGAUAGCUACGAACGUUCACGAGUUAGCUGAAGAACAGGAUGUCGCCCUUAAACGAAAAUUAGAUGCUGAAAUCACCCAGAUAGCUACAAAGCUACACAAGUCUGCUGAAAAUCAGACUGUAAUCCUCAAACGAAAAUUAGUUGCUGAAAACACCAACAUAGCCUCAAAGGUGCAAACGUUAGCUGAAGAUUGUUUUGCACGAAAGGAUAAUGUUGUCGAUUUAAACAAGGAAAUAACAGAAUUACCAGCCACAGAAGAAAAGAGCAGAAAAAUAACAAAGAAACAUGAGACAGACAUAAAGCUUGUAUUGCCUAGAAGUGAAUCGAAGAGAUUUACAUUGCUUAAUAGGAUUCACAUUUAUAACAGCAAACGCUGGAAGGAGUGUAAAGAAAAAGCUCUCCGAAAAAAAGAGAAGCAAAAAUUAUGUCGAGGAAGACUACAAUCAAACAAGGGUAAACAUACCAUUACCACACGAGAAGGGAAAGAUAAAGCUGAGACUAGUGCAAGAUUGUCAACUGCUGAAGACUUUGUUGAAAAUCAAACGUCUUCGUUGUUGGGGAAUUCAGUCUCUUGUCAUGCAAAUUCGAAACAUCAGAAAUCAAUGAAGUUUAAUUUUUUUAUUUAAUGAAAAUACGAUCGACCCGAAAUAUAGAGGUGGACUCCGCGUAAUGAUCUACAAUCAAGAAUGGUAUAAAAAAAGACUGUUGUUGGGCAAAUUCGCAUUUUUUUGCGCGCGCUUUCAACUCUUGCAGUUAACGAAAGAGUUCCUGGAAAUGCAGCUUGAAGGUUAUGGUAAUACCUCUUAGGCCUAGGCCAAACGUCGAACUUUUCAUGAGACGAUCCAAACUCUCAUUUGGGUCGACCAAAAUUAAGUUAAGAUCGUCUGUUGUGCCAGACGUCGAACUUAGGACGCGUCGAACCAACCAACUGGAUCAGAUAAGAAGUGAAUUUUCUUGCGAAGGAGCGAGGCUAAAUAUACAUUAUCAUACAAAUUUUUAAUAUAUAAGUUUAGUUCGUCGCAUCUGAAGAUCGACGUUUGUCCUGGAGACGAUCUUUAGAAAUUCUAUCCGUCUGACGCCGACGGAUAGAACGUCUUGGGACGAUCCAAACUCAUUCAGACGAAAUUAACUGAGCCAGACGUCGAACUUUUCAUGAACUUAACUCACUAAGUUUGGUUCGUCUGAUGAAAAGUUCGACGUUUGGCCUAGUCCUUAGUAGUUUAUUAUAAACUGUGAAAUAUUGCUACCAAGGAAACCGUAAACAAAAGGGUGGCACUCUCCUCCCACCAAUGUGGCCCGGGUUCGAAUCCUGGCGUCGACGCCAUAUGUGGGUUGAGUUUGUUGUUGGUUCUCUCCCUUGCUCCGAGAGGUUUUUCUCCGGGUACUCCGGUUUUCCCCUCUCCUUAAAAACUAACACUUUCAAAUUCCAAUUCGAUCUGGAACGCACGGACACGUUUCAACGAGUUCUUAUGAACUCCUUAGUGAUCCGUGGGUAAACAAAUUACAGUCACAAA